CAAAGAUUCUAUAUAAUAUCGCUAAUAAAUUAACAUAAUGGAUGACUAUUUAAGUGUCGGUAGCAUUAAACCUGAUCUGGAUAUUUUACAGCGGCCAGACGCUAUUGGUGGAGCGCGUCAAAGAUAUAUAGCACCUAACUUCAGUGAAAAGCAACUGUAUCUUAGUGGAUAUGGCCGUCAUUGGGGUGAAAAAAUUACGUAUUCAGUUGGACUGGCAUACGGUUCUGGAAUGCUACUCGGAGGGUCGUUUGGAUUUAUGAAAGGUGUAUCUAAAGGAGGCGCCACUAGAAAGUUGGUAAUAAACUCUAUACUAAACACCUGUGGUACCUAUGGCCCCAAACUGGGCAAUGGAGCAGCUUGCAUAACACUGCUUUAUUGUGUUAUGAAUAGUUCCACAAAGUUUGCAUUAGGAGAUAAAAUCGAUGACAGACUGAUUGCUCCUAUUGUUGGAGCUAACGCAGGGGCUUUAUAUAAAUGCAAGGGAACCUGGAGAGCGCUGGCCAAAUGCUCCAUAGGUUCAGCGGUUGCCUUCACUGCUAUCGACUAUGCCCUUCGGUAUUCCCUUCUAUAGAAGAAAGGAACUCCAAAUAUAUCGCAAUAAAUUAGAUACCA